CCUUCUCCACACGGAUGUAACUUUUUCCGGUGGAUUGACCCACCACUAAAUGAACACUACAGAAGUACGCUAUGGAAACUAAAAAAGCGAGGUGGAUUUUAAAUCAACUGAAGUCGAACGCCUGAAGAAGAAAGUGUUGAAGCUGACUUUAAGGGUUGCUGACGAGGAAAAGGCAAAGUUGCAGCUUAUGGAGGUUAUGGGAGAGGUUCAAAAAUUGAAAAGUCAACUCAAAUGGAAUCUUAUGUUUGUCAUAGGUAGUGUCGUAUAUAGUUUUGGUUGGGGAUAAUUGGUUGUUUGGUGAUGUUACUCAUAUGCAGGUUGGUAGACGAUGAAUCCACUAGUUUUAGAAACACAUUUUGGGUAUGGAAACAUGUUGAUCGUGUAGGAAUGUAGGGUAUGUAUUGCCAAAAAAGAAGGCCUUUUUGUGUACAAUCCUUAAUUAUAUAUAAUGAAAAAUCUAGG